GCAGAUUUCACAAGAUACCCUUCACGUAUUCCUAAGAAACAGUCUGUCUCCGUCUUACAACGACGGUGUGCAUAUGAUGGCCACCGCAGCAAGCUCCGUUGCGCCAGUAGUGAUACUCAAUCACGCCGACCAGGCAGCAGAUUGCCCCUCAAACUCUACAAAAUCCAAGUUCGUAAUCAAUAAGGACGAUCAGGAAUCACAACGCCACGAGAACAAACGUUCGGUGUCAGUCAGCAUCAACCCCGCACAGAGCCAAGAAAUCACCCCUACAGGUCCAAUUCCGCCACCAGAGGUCACCAAUACUAUUCAAGUCGAUGAAAAUGUCAUCAAGGUAUUCCCUGAUAAGGAAGCCAAAGUUUUGGGCGCGGUUGGAUACGGGAAGUCGCUCUGGGGCAUAACGGCAAAGAUAGACGUUGAGCUUCCAGAUGGACGGCAGCGAAGCUAUUUCAUGAAGGCCCUCAAACAGGGAGAGCUCAGCAGGGUGAUUUGCGAAGGCGAGUUGAGAAGUCUGCAGGAAAUCUACAAGACGACUCCUGGUUUUUGCCCUGAGCCAUACGGCUGGGGAAACUUUGCCAGCGAUCCCGAAAUGUAUUUUAUACUGGUCGAAUUCCGGAAUAUUGGAGCAAGUCCGGCCGAGCCUUCUAAGCUCGCAGCUAGCCUCGCCCGGCUUCACAGUAACUCUAGGUCUCCAACGGGCAAGUUUGGCUUCAGUAUGCGGACUUGCCACACGCUGAUCGACCAGGCUGUCGACUUUUGGUCCGAUUCAUGGGCAGCCGUAUACGGAAGCCACCUAAGCCAUGUCGUUGGAUUGGCGAAGCCGUAUCUCAAAUGGCCCGAGUUUGACAUCGUGGCCGACCUGACGGUCGAAAAAGUGGUGCCAAGGCUUUUGCUUCCACUACAAGCCGAAGGGCGGACUCUGAAGCCGUGUCUGGUUCAUGGUGAUUGCUGGGACGGAAACACUGCCAUGGACGGCAGGACGGGGGAGGCCUUCAUUUUUGAUGUGUGCUCCUUCUACGCGCAUAAUGAGUACGAUACGGGCAACUGGCGCACUCCCAGGCAUCGCCUCAGUAAUCCGGCCUACAUCAAGGCUUACAAGAAGCUAAUGCGACCCUCGGAGCCAGUUGGGGAAUGGGACGCUAGGAAUAUCCUUUAUUCUCUACCUUUCAACCUUGGAAAUGUCAUGUUUGUACCUGGGUCCACUCAGAGACAAGUUGUCUAUCAAGACAUGAUAAAUCUCUGCAAGAUGUUCUGUCCCCAAGAUUUGGAGCAAGGUAUGGCAAGUUUGGGGCUGGCAAAUGAGUCCACCAAUAGCCGUGACGGGGAAAAUAACGCAAAAAGUUUGAGUCCAUUCACGGUGGAUUGCGAGGAAGAUGAGGAAGAAGAAGAGGAAGAGGAGGAGGAAAAGUAUGGAAGGAGGUUGUAAAGCCACCGCCACGGGGGCUUGAUGAGAUCCUCGGUGGUCUGGCGUUUAAAUGCAGUGCAAUUGAAAGCGCGGCUCCUCCAUGUUGCUAACGGGCAUUAUGUUGCUCACCAACGAGCCACUCAAAGUUUUAGAAUAUAUAUUGAUGAGCAGCCGGGACCACUAUGACUGGAUCAGGAGUAAUACCAG